UGUUCAUAGCAAACAACUCAUGGGAAUUGGAAACUCGUGAUUCGAAUUGAGGUGAUCUUGAAGAUGCCAGAGCCACGGGGCCUUUCUAUACACCACCCCCCAGACUGCAAAGUGACAAUCUAGCAAAUAAAAGGCGUUUUUUUAUCUUCAAAAGCUGCAGAGCUUGUUGAACCUGAGGUGAAAACCGCUACAAGAUCGACAAAAGUCUAGUUGCAGUGAGAGUAUUUUGGGAUGUUUGUGUUAUUUGAGAUAGAUAGAAUACACUAGGAGAUAUGCUUUGUCAUAUCGCGCUUUCGAGGGCACAAAAUGGCAAUAGUUCAGAAAAGUUUAUCAACAUUGACACCUUUAAGUUACUAAAUUUAAGAUAAAACAAACAUCUCUUCAUGAAUCGAGACGACAUAGCACUUAGGAACCUCCCCAUAUACUGGCAGAGGGGGAAAGUGAUCACCCCAGUUGUGUAGUACAGUUCGCCGCAUCACGAUCAAACAUCGCAACCUUUCUAUAUACUGGCGAAAGUCGCUACUUAACGUACUCCAACACUUCAGAAUUAACUGUGUCACACACAAGCGCGAUGUCUGCCACUACAUUGGACACCGAGCUGCACAACCACGAUACUGACGUAAAGAAAGAAGAUGGAAGUGCGAGUCCAACGGAUUGUAUCAAAGCCGAAGGCAAGGAUACUUCUAAAGACCCGAAUGUCAAACCUCCGUACUCAUAUGUCGCGCUCAUCGCGAUGGCUAUCCGAGAAUCUCCCGAGAAGAGGUUGACCCUGAAUGGAAUCUACCAGUAUAUCAUCAGCAAGUUUCCGUACUAUGAGAAGAAUAAAAAAGGAUGGCAAAAUUCAAUCAGACACAACCUAUCUUUGAAUGAGUGCUUCAUAAAAGUGCCCCGCGAAGGUGGCGGCGAGAGAAAGGGUAACUACUGGACCCUAGAUCCUGCAUGCGAAGAUAUGUUUGAGAAGGGAAAUUACAGGAGACGGCGACGCAUGAAGAGGCCAUUCCGUCAGCCAAACCUGCAACCCAACAACGGUCUGAUCACCGGAGAUCCACGUGCAAUGACAUACAACUACAUCCAACCCAAGUACACGACAUACAACCAAGCGCAAAGCGUGGCUGCGGCGGGAAGAUGGGGAGCUAUGCCGAGCGCAGGACCCCUGUCAUACUCGUGCAAUCCACCAUCUCCACGCGUACCUCCUGUAUACCCGUACAUGAACAUGGGCUCUGCAGUGCCUGUCAGUACCUACACGGGUACGCAAUACUCCACACAAAUACAGAACCCCGUCAAUAACCAGUGCGGGUACGGGGCAGUAGCGAUGUCAAACGUAGCGUGCAGGAGUCGACCGGCUGAACAUAGUCCAAUGCACCAUUACCCUUAUUGGAGUCAAGACAAACAUGUGUACGAUAUACCUCCAAGGUCGUAGAGACAGUCCAGCUCGCAAAAAGAGGUGAAUCAAUUGUGAUCUUAAGUGAGAGUUAGUGUCACGCGUUUGACAGUGCUGUUUAUUUAUGUGAGGGUGCACAACACACUGACUUGUACCCCAUUUUGAAUACACGAUCGGCUUGACGCCGGUAUCCCAGAACUUGAACCCAAACAUAAACGAGCAGCGCAGGCUAAACAGACGCCUCUUGUACAGUCAAGCACUAUUUACUUUAAGCAUUAGCUCUCCUUGUUCACGUCCUUUUGGAGAUAUUGUUGACUUUGAGAUUGUACCAAAAUUUUAUAGACUAUACAAAAAGAAACAUGUGUAUAGCUUAAUCCAUAUUUCAAAACCUUUCUUUAUUGAGACAAAGAGUAGGUAUAGAUUAUAUAUAGAGUAUCUAAAUGCAUAUGAAGUGUUCAAUGUUCUUGUAAUUUCUCUUUACCGGGGGCGUAAAACGCCAAUCUCAACUACAAGACACAUUUGUACUAUAUGUUUAAGGCUUAUCUCCGUGUUACUUGUCUCGUAUCUUUCUCCGCAAAUUGUUCCAAACAACAAAGUUGUUUUGCGCUGUAGUUUUAACCAGCUAUUGUCCAAUUUAAGCGGUGCAAAUCAAACAAGCUCUGGCUAAAGUCUUAGGAGUACCGCGUUUCGUAUUACCAUAGUAGAAAUAUUGUAAAUGGAAAAAAAUGUCUUGGCUUUCUCAUCUGUAAAGUCUGGGGGUGUUUACAAAUUACUAGAUGUUUUCAUGUGCCGGAAAACUUUUAUAUCAUAUCAAGAAGAAACAAAAAAUAAAGCAUAAAUGUCACA